AUGGCACAGCUCGAGGCCACCUUCAGGGAGCUGGGCCUGAUCCAGUAUCUUGGCACUUUCGUCGACCAGGGAUUCGAUACCUGGGACACUAUCCUGGACAUCCAGGAGUCUGACCUGCGAAUCGCCAAUGCGAGAGGCGUCGCUCCCAGCACCUCGCUCUCUUCGUCCAAGCCAAGCUCCGAUGAAGGGAAGAGCAGUAACUCCACAGCCCGUCCAAGCCCGGGACGUACUCUUCCCGCCAACAGCGAUGGCGGUAGCGGUGUCGUGAAGCGCAAGUAUCGCCGUCAUCCAAAGCCCGACGAGAAUGCCCCUGAGCGGCCACCUUCAGCCUACGUCCUAUUCUCCAACAAGAUGCGAGACGAUCUCAAGGGUCAGAACCUCACCUUUACCGAGAUUGCUAAACUGGUCGGUGAGAACUGGCAAAGCCUGCCUCCGGCUGAGAAGGAGACGUACGAAUCACAGGCCAACAGUGCCAAGGAAGAGUACCACCGCAACCUUGCCGAGUACAAGAAGACAUCAGAAUAUCGCAAGCACGCACAGUACCUGGCCGACUUCAAGGAGAAGCAGGCCAAGCGUGAUCAAGGUCGGUCUGGUCGACAGCGUGGACUGGUGGCGGCCCGGCUUACAAAUAUCACAGAUGUUAAUAAACGAUCCAAGGUUGAGCUGUCCAGGUACCACCACGAGAGCUCGGGCAGCAGCGUCGUUACCGGAGUCUCAGCCUCGAGUGCCAGCAGCCGCGGCAGCACAACUACAAGCACGAGUGCGAGCACCAACCACAGCUUGCGCAACAGUAGGAGCAGCAGCGAGAGGACGUUUGAAAACGAGAAGCGGUCUGCUCGACAGAGGAUGGACUCCAUCUCAUCAAUAGCCGACUCUCACAAAUCCAUGUCCCCGGUCAUGCCAGACGCCAAGUUUUCGCCACUCACCGCCCAGCAUGGCGAGCGGGAUAUGAGGUUGACGGGCAGCGCUGCUGUACGGGACACCAAUGCCGUUACCGAAGGGCGGCAGCACUUGCUGCCGUCACUGUCGGACGUGCUGGACAACGGGCUCGGGAAACCGCCCGCGCCAGCAUCGGACGGUGAUCGCUACGCGAGACCUGGAAUGGCCCCCGGAGCGACUCAGGUGGCCUGCCAGCCACCCAUGACAGGCAGCCGUCAUCAACCCCUGUCACAUCCGAGCGGCCUUCCGCCCAUGCUACGCCACGAAGAUUCUUCUCGCGGAAGCAGCACAUCGGUGAAGUCGGAUAGCCCGGCAACCAGCUCGGCAGGCACUUCUAUGAGCAGCUUCAGUCGGCCGCAAGGGGAAGGCUCGCUGCCCAUCCACGCACUUCUCGAGAACCGCCCGACGGAAGUGUCUUUGCCGAUCCCGAGCCACCAUAAUGUGGUGUCCCGGACCAACAUAGGGGGAUCCGCCGUGCAUAUGAAGGUUGAAGAUUUGACGACGGAUGAUGUCGUCAUGACCUCACCUGCACUGGAACUAGCCUCGGCUCCAGCCGCCAGGAACGGUACGGGGGCUCCGGCCAAGGGAUCAAAGAAUGGUCUCGACGGCAUGAGUGCGCUCUUGCGUGCUGGCGAGAUUGUCAACGGCAGACACAACGAAUAA